AUGGCCCAGAUCUGUGACAUGCCGGAAAUAUGGGAGCGCUCUGGCUUCACGGCCUACAACCAGACCGAAUUAGACAUCAUCGCACGGUCCUGCACGAUCUUCAACGGAAACCUCCACGUGCACGAGAGCUUCACGGGCCGUUUCUACCUGCCUAAUGUCCGACACAUUGUCGGCCAUCUAGGGCUCCAUAUCUAUGACGAGCCAAACGAUGGUCAGCCCAGGCCCAAACUGACCUCGUUCGAGCUGCCCGAUCUGGAGACGGUCGACGGCGGGGUCUCUUUGAUUGGCAUGUCGGGCCUGAAGAGUAUAUCGAUGCCGAAGUUACGCUCGGUGGACUGGCACGUCGGCGCGGAUGCUGCUGAAGAGGUGGAUCUGCGGUCGCUGGAGGCAGUCGGGACCAUCGAUAUUGGAGGCGCCCUCUCUACUUUGCGACUCGACGCCUUGGAGGAAGCCGAGAAGCAUCUUGUGAUCUCAAAAGAAUGCGAAGAUGUGCCUCCGACUCCCGCUCUGGCGGUUUUCCUCCCUUCCUUAACCAAGGCGGGCGACAUACAAUUGAAGGGAAGAUUCUCUCGUGUCGCCAUGCCGCAACUUUCCAAUAUCUCAUUUGGCGAUUCACCCUGGAGCUCUUUCGAGCUAGACGCUUGUGGUGGCCCGCCAUUCGAAGUCUCCUUACCACAGCUGGCCCAUGUCAGUAUGGAUAUGGAUAUAAGUGGUGGGAUUCAGAGCUUGUCCAUUCCCAGCUUGAAGAACAUGACUAGCCCAUUCCGGCUCAAUACGACCGAGCAGCUGGACCUUACUCUCCCUUUCGUGGAGGCAGAUGCCGUUAAGUUAUAUGGCAACUUAACAAGCAUUGAAUUUCCCAACUUGCAUGUCGCUGCGUCUAUAAACGUCAGUUCCACGGUCCCGUUUGACUGCGGGGCCCUGAAGAAAUCGGUGGAUCCGGCCAUUCAGGGUCCGAAAGACUGGCAUAACAAAUGCACUGCACCGGCAGGCCCAGGACUCAGUCCCGCUGCUAAGAUCGGCAUCGGAGUUGGGGUGGGCGUUGGUGGUCUGGUGGUUAUCGCUGCGGGCCUGUGGUUCUUCCUUCGGCGCAGGAAGCAAACGAAGCGCUUGAAGUCGGAGUCGAUUGCCCACAUCCAGGACAUGCCACCGUCGUACGCAGAGACCCGAAACCAAGAUCAUCCGCCGGAGUAUGCCUCCACUCAUGCAAGGUGA